AUGGCGCUCAAGGCCAUUCCCCUCCUCAAGUUUGUAGGGACCGUGUCCCUCGGCUUACUAACCGGCGUCUCUUACGCCGUCUCCCGGCUCGCCCUCCCCGCGCUGCUCUCGCUGCCCUCGUCGGCUGCUGCCGGCGACGCCCUCAGCCGUCUCGGCAACUCCCUCCGCGCGCCGCUCCUCACGCUCUCCUCGCUCGCGGCCCUGCCCCUCGCCCUCGCCUUCGUCCUGGCCCCGCGCCAUGCGCGCCAUCCGUAUCUCGUCUACGCCUCGGUGCUCGCUGCCGUGAGCGCCGCCGCCCCGCGCUUCCUCGUACCUGCUCCCGCCGCCGCCGCCGCCGCCACACCUCCUGCCACCCGCCCGAAGCAGCGCGCCGCACACAUGGAGGCGAGCUACGAGGUUCUCGGUGAUGUCCACAGUGAGCCGGCGAGCGAGGAGGACAUGGAUGAGCUGGUCAACGGAGAAGACGUCCGCGGCCGCGUGCAGGGCCUCCAGCGUGCGUAUGCGGUGCAGGCGGGUUUGGCGGGACUGGCGUUUGCCAUGUCGGUGGUAGGCCUCUGGGGAGAUGGUGCCCCGGUGGUCGUGGUAUCUUGA